GCAAAUAAAUAAAAUUAAAUGCGAUCAACAAUUGAAAAUUAUAACUGAAAUUUUUUUAUUGUUGUUAAUCUAAAAAAAAAGUGAUUGUUGGAAAGAACUUAAAAGUACGGUGACAUUUUUGGAAAAUUUUCAAAAUAUUAUAAACACUUUUUAAAUAACUUUUGAAGAUGGAACCUAAGGAAAUACCUAAUCCUGACGCUAUUGGUGCCAAAGUUUUGAGCCGUGAAACGAUUUUGGAAACUAUAAAGAAUGGACCUGUUGAUUUUAUUAACCGAAGGCACAUCACCUGCAACGUCGACCUCUCGCCCCUGGUCAAAGAAGAAGAGAUGAAUUACCUGCGUCUCCGCUACAACGAGUACCUGCUGCAAAUGACCUCGGGACCUGUUGACCUGAGCGAAGUUCAGACAAAUCUGGGCCAGCGGCAGGAAGAGGCGGAGGCCAAGGAGAAGGAACUGCAGCGUCUCAGGGAUGAGAUGCACACAGCUGAGGAGGAGAGACGCAACUCGGCCGAGUUGUUGUCCAACGAGGCGCAGGAGCACCGCCGGCAGGUGCAACAACUCGAAGAAGAGAUCGAGGGACUCGGGCGAGAAAUCGGUCAGUUGAAGGAAGGAUGUGGAGCUGGCGCGCGGCGACAAAUGCAAACAGAGGUCGAUGGAACAUUUAAGGACUUGGAACACCUGGAGGGCGAAGUUGAGCUGAAGCUUCUGCAAAUUAAGAAUCUAGAGGCAGAGGCUGAAGAAAAAGACACUCUGCUACAAAACACGCGGGCGGAGCUGGAAAGCAUUUUGAACAUUUUGAAGCAACUGGAGGACAGCAGUUCUAAGAGGAUCGGUUUGAUGAAAGAGGCCAUCGGUGAUAAGGAGUCGCAGCUCUCGGAAUUAAAUUUUCAAAUCGGAGCGCUGGAGGCGUGCAAACGGCAACUGCAGACCGCCUUGGAAGCCAGCCAGAGUGAGGCGAAAAGUUUGAGAGAAAAUGUUGACGAGAAGGAAAAAAUCAUCGAAACCUAUCGGAGCAACAACCAAAAAAUCACCAGCGAGUUGGAAUGGAUGAAAGAAAUUUUGAACCAAAACGAGCUCGGCGUGCAGAAUGAGCUGGACCAAGUUUCUGAACAAGGAAACGACCUGAACGUGAAGUUGACUGGCGGCACCCUGAGCAAGGAAGAGCAGCUGCAAAUCCAGCAACGCCUGGCUCAACUUGAGGAGGAGCUGGAGGAGAAACGGAAGGCGAACGAGGAGGCGAAAGUCAUCACGGAAAACAUGGCCUCCGAAAUUCAGGUCGCGUUGGACAUACUGGACGCUAGCAGCGUCCGACUGGAAGAGCUGGUGCGGGAGAACGGCGCUUUGAAGACGUCCAGCGCCAAGACCAUCUCUGAUUUACAACAGCGAAACAGUGAGGUCGAAAGAACCUUGGCCGAAGUGAGAGACAGCAUAGACUCCGGCACCAACGGCAGAAGUUUUGACGGAAAUGAGGUUGGUCGGGCUGUUAGAGAGAAACUGGAUAGUGUCCUGGACACGCUCAAGAAAACUAACGAAAACGUGAAUCAGGGUAAAUUUGAAGAAAAUUCCACCAAGACGCGAAUUUCGGAAAGCCUGCGAGAGCUGGACGCGGCAGACGCGUCUCUGAUGGCCGUUGAGGACCUCCUGCUGAGCCGAAACCCAACCACGGCCGCCCCGACAGGAACUUGGUCGCGACUUGAGAACUUUUUCGUGCGUUACUACCCUGUGAUGUUGACUGUGAUAUUCCUGGCACUGGUUGUGAGCGAGAACAUCUUCUACACCGGCAGCUGGAACAUGUGGGUGCCCUACUUCCUGUUCUCGGCGCUGUCCUUCGCCCUGCCCCACCCGUUCGGGGCGAUCGCGUCCCUGCUGGCGGCCCUCGUGGUCACCGCCUCGUUCUUUGUCUGA